AUGCUGCUCGAGCGCGGCAUAUCGCAAAAUCAGCAAGGAGGUUCGACGCAUGGGGGCGGCAGCCAAGCGUCCAACAACUUUAACAAGUACAGCAGCAACAUCAGCGAGGCCCCGUCCACGAUAUCCUGCAGUACUUCGACCGCACAACUGCUCCAGGACGUCGUAUCGUAAAGAAAAAUCCCCCCUCCCCAUAUUGAAAACGCAUCCGUCUGAAAAUUUGUGAUGCACAUUUGUGACCUCAAAUCUUGUCUGUCUUGCAAGAAGGCAAGUCCAGAGAGCCCCCUGCAUUUUGCAGGCGGUUUGUGAUGCUGUUGGGCUUAAGGCAUACACGUUUGCCAUGCUAGGCGCCUACGUCAAAACCUCUCGGCCGAGGCUUGACAUAUGCCCGCAGUCCUCUACUGCAAGACAAAUCUGAUUUGUGUACGGAAAUCCAGCAUCAGAAACUUCGUUUCGAUAUGGGGAGGGGGAAUUUUUCCUCUUGAUACGUCGGGGGCGCAUCCCCGUCCGCGGGCUCCUAUCAGCAUCUUAUCCUGAAGCAUGGGAAUGACGGCGAGAACGUGAAGAAGUUUAAAGCUUCGACUUGUAGUUCGCGGGAACCAAGCAGUAGACUUGUGGUUCUUCGCGCCGAUCAUGCAAGAGGUGCCUUUCAUCUUCUACAACGGCUGGCGUUUCUUCUACAACCUUGCGCGGGCCUCGAUUUUUCGACAGCAACCGCGGUCUAUGGUCCGCAACAAGAAGCCAGGAGUCGAUUAGGAACGGACAAGAUGAUAGCCUGGCCGACUCACCAGUAG